CACCGCCCGGAUCCUUCCGCGCCUCCGCCCGGGGCCUUCCCGGGACCGCCCGGGUUACCGGGACCCCCUCGCUGUUACCGGGACCCCUCCCUGUUACCGGGAUCCUUCCCCCGUUACCGGCACUGGGAGCAGCUGGGGCAGCUCCGGGACGCUUUAGGAAGGGACUGGGACGGACUGGGAGGAACUGGGCUGAACCGUCCGCACCUUGCGUAGCGCUGUGGGCAGGGCCCUUACGCCAUCUGCGUAGCGCCGUGGGCACCGGCGUGGCCACUCCGACGCGCUGGGAGGGAACUGGGCUGAACUGGGAGCGGCCUGGGAGGCCUUAGGAAGGCACCGGGAGGUGACAGGAGGGAACUGGGAGGAACGGGAACGAGCCGUACCACUGUGGGCGAGGCGCUUACGCCAUUUACGCACCGCUGAGGGCACACCCCAUUCCCUUACGCCACCUGCGUGGCGCUGAGGGCACACCCCGUUCCCUUGCGCUACUUGCGUAGGAUCUCUCUAUUACCGUCAACGGGCGCUCCUUACGCUGUUUGCGCGGCGUACGCCGCCGGCGCAGGCGCGGCGGGGGCGGGCCCGUAUCCCUGCGCGCUCCCGAGGCUCCGGUGCAGGCCCGGUCCCGGUCCCGGUCCCGGUCCCGGCCCGGCCCCGUCAGGCCCCGGCCCCGCUCCGGCCCCCGGCCCGGCCCGGCCAUGAAGUUCCUGUACAAGGAGGAGCAUCCGUUCGAGAAGCGUCGCUGUGAGGGAGAGAAGAUCCGGAAAAAGUACCCGGACCGAGUGCCGGUGAUCGUGGAAAAGGCGCCCAAGGCCCGGAUUGGGGACCUGGACAAGAAGAAAUACCUGGUGCCCUCCGACCUCACAGUGGGGCAGGUCUAUUUCCUGAUCCGGAAGCGGAUCCAUCUCCGGGCCGAGGACGCUCUCUUCUUCUUCGUCAACAACGUCAUCCCCCCCACCAGCGCCACCAUGGGCCAGCUCUACCAGGAACACCACGAGGAGGAUUUCUUCCUUUACAUCGCCUACAGCGACGAGAGCGUCUACGGGGCCUGAGCCCGCCCCGCUCCCGCCCUUCCCGGGGCUCUCCCGGUGCUUCCCGCUCCCGCUUUUCCCGUUUUUUCCCCCCC